CAAGAGGCCAGACCUGGAUACUGUCACAGACAAGCACCUCCAUAUGGACAUUGAGAAGACAUGGGCAGACCUUGAUAAGGAGUUGAUAGCUGAGGGCUUCACAUCAGGAACAUCCACAGCAAACCCUUUUAGGUCAAGGCUGUCCUAUUCAUCUUUGGCUCCAUAGAUGGGAAAGCACACACGGGUCGGAAACAUUCUCCCAAAGACUGAAAUAAAAAAGGGUUUAAAGAAGAAGUCAGGAGAGUCAAGUCAGAAGGUUGAUGAAGACAUUAUACAUGCGCUUCUUGAUUCUAAAAGGCCCCCAAAGAAAGAACUGCAAGACGCUUGUGGCGCACUUGGUGUCAGUUCCGAGGGAUCAAUAGCAGACUUAAUCAACCGACUAGAGGAGCUGUUGAACUUCAAGGAGCUGUACCCAAAGCUCUUUGUCAAAAUACAAAAAACAGGAGGUGGUGUGUUGCACUUCUCCUGUACCCAUGGAGUUGUGUACUAUGUGAAUUUCUUGUUUUGGGCUGAAUCUGCGAGAGAUCAUGUCGAUGGCCUUCUAAGUUUCAAGAGUUUCCCAACAGUUUACAUUUCAGAUUUUGCAGGCCAGGUUGCACGGCACAUCAAUAACAGAACACAGCAGAAGUACUUCCAACCCAAUGAUGGUCGGCUGUGUGCAUCGUCAAAACAAAACAUCCAAGCAGCCUUAGAUAAGAAACUUGAGGUGGACCUUGAGUGGGUCAAUAACCUCAGGUCUCCAGCAGCACCACAUCAACAAGGACAGGACAAAGACCGGUUCACUGCAGCACAUCCUAUCACAAAAACUCACCACAGAUAUGCGCUGUAUGACAGGUUUCAUCAAAAGAAUCAGAAGAGACUGGAGGAAAAACUAAGAAGCCUGAACAUCUGCCCUGCUCUACGCUCAGAGAUAAAUUCCUCUGUGGCAGAACAGUUCAACCGUGAGCUGGCAGCAUUCCGGUAUUCUGCGUGUCAAAUGAAGGAGGCACAUUUUAAACAGACUGUUCAAGUUCUCGUUGAACUGCACAACAACAAAAUCAACCAUCGCUUCAUCAAAAACAUGUCAACGAUUUGCAGCACACCACUGACGUUAGGACGGCACGGCACGCUGGUGUUGGAAUCUUCAGUUGAGCAAACAGCCACUGGCAAACGUACAGACUCGGAGCCAGCCAUGGCAAAGGUCAAUGCAUUCUCGACCCAGAGGUACAUCAUUGAUGACACAGACACGGAGAAGUUAAGGACACUUCUGACGGGCUCGCGUGAUGAAACGAAGGUGAUAGCCACCAUCAACAGGAGGUUCCCUUUAUCCAUAAAGGAUGUCUGCAGUGUCUGUCCUGUUGAGUUAUUAGGUGAAUCAGCAUGGGUUAUGCCAUGGCUCACAGAUGAUGCCGUGAACUAUCGGGUUGCACAGCUUGCAAGGGGCAACUCAAAGACAGCAACACUUGGCCAUUUCGAGUUCAUAUUGUGGCACCGACAGUGGAUCAAAAACAAAAAUGUGGAUGACAGCCUACUGAAUCUUCUCCCUGUAAGUUCACACACAAUUGUCGACAACAUAAAGAAAGACAAUGACUGUUAAAACCUUCACAAACUGAAUGAUGAAGUACUUUUUACAGUGAUAGAGUAAUGUUGUAAUUCUUUAUUCCACAACAGGAUGCAGAAAUCAUCUUUCUGCCAAGACUUGUAGGUCACGUCAGCAAAGAAACUGGCAAUCACUUCAUCCUGUGGGUAUGCAAUAGCUAUUAUUUACAUCUUUAAUGAUGGCUUAGAAAAAUGACUGUAAAGAUGUGAAAGAUUAUAUGAGUUGCAAGAACAGAUGAAUACUCUCAUUCAAGGAAAAAAAUUGGUGGAACCUCUUCAUGUUAAGCAGCAUAUAAUACAUAAUAAUUCACGUUUCACAUGUUGUGUAACACUUUUCAAUUAAUUUUUUUUAUUUCUUUGCUACACCUGAUGAAAUGAUCUAAAAUAUAUUUGAAAAAAAGGAAAUAUAAACAACUUAGGAAUAACAUCUUGACAUUAUUGUUUUUCUGCAAGGUUCUGGAUUUCUCCAAAAAAGAAA